UGACCUUCAGAGAAGGAGUGAGUUUCCCUUUUGAGAGAUAAAAACAGUGUCUGCCGUAAGGUAGUGACUGUCCAGGUUUAAAGUUGCAUAGUAAGCUACAGUAGUAGUAAUAAUGGCAGAUGUACCAGAUGAGUUGUUGCACGCACUUCAGCAUAGUUGGUUUGACUUGUGAACUACAAGUCACUACUAAUAUAGUUUCUUCUAGUCUGCAAGAUGUCAUCCAAAUACCUGGCUGUUCCAGUGGUGGUGGGUGUUGGUGUUGUUAUUGUGACUGCAAUAUUGGCAAAAGUAUAUUUUAGUCGGAAGAAGUCAAAAGAGCCUUUGAUUACUUUAAAAGAUCCCACUGUAAAAUAUGCUUUACCUCUGAUCGAGAAGAAAGUUAUUAGCCAUGAUACUAGGAAGUUCCGGUUUGGUCUUCCAUCAGAAGAACAUAUUCUGGGUCUCCCUAUUGGCCAACACAUACAUCUUUCUGCAAAAAUUGAUGAUCAGAUUGUUAUUCGGUCAUACACACCAGUUUCAAGUGAUGAAGAUAAGGGUUAUAUGGAUCUUGUCAUUAAGGUUUACUUCAGGAAUGUUCAUCCAAAAUUUCCUGAAGGUGGCAAGAUGAGCCAAUAUCUUGAGGACAUGAAGAUAGGUGAUACAAUUGAUGUGCGUGGACCGUCUGGUCGCUUAGUGUAUCUUGGCAAUGGCCGCUUUUCCAUAAAAGUGCUUAGGAAGGAUCCAGCAUCAACUGUGGUAGUCAAAAAGGUUGCAAUGAUUGCAGGUGGCACUGGGAUUACACCAAUGCUGCAGUUAAUCCGGCACAUAACUCGCACUACUGAAGACACAACUCAGCUUGCCUUGUUGUUUGCAAAUCAAUCAGAGGAAGAUAUUCUUCUUCGUGAGGAAUUAGAAGAGGUGUCAAAGGCACAUCCAGAGCAGUUCAAGUUAUGGUACACUAUAGAUAGGCCUUCCGAAGGUUGGAAAUACAGUACUGGAUUUGUAUCAGCAGAAAUGAUAAAGGAACAUCUUUUCCCACCAGCUUCAGACACCUUAGUAUUAAUGUGUGGACCCCCUCCUAUGAUCAAUUUUGCUUGUGUGCCAAAUCUUGAUAAACUAGGAUAUGAUCCUAAAUUGAGAUUUGCCUACUAAGUAAAUUUACAGUAGGGUAAUGUGUUUUUGGAAUCCGAAUUUGUUAGGUAAACAUCUUCAUAUGAAUGGAAUUAUAAUAAUAGUUUUAUAGUGAGAUUGUUUAGCAAGAUUAUGAGUAAGGCAGUUUAUGCUGCCACCUAUAAUAGUGUAGUUCGUUUUGUAUAAGAAUAUAUCAUCAUGUCAUAUCACAUGUGAUCAUUUUUUGGUAUAUGUUUGCCAAUGUGUUUAAUGCCUAGAAAGUUGGUGCUUAAAAAUCCAAAGUCACAAGGUUGAUAAAUGUAUCUUUACCAUUCCCCGGAGUGCUCUCCAACUCAGGAUAUACAUAUUCCAGCACUGUGUGAUAUGAUUUUUAUAUAGAUAUAAAGUAAAUGAUGGUGUUCAUCCCAUUUUAGACAUAGGGAUUUGCAUUUACUUAGGAUUAGGAAAUGUGUUGGAUGACACUCUGUGAGACAGCUUGUAUGUUGGCUUGUAAUAUGCUGUUAGGUACACUUUGGUGUGAGAUGUAAAGACAUUGUCCUUGUCUUGUAUGCUUUAUAGUGAUUAGUUCGCCAUUACAUGUUGUUCAUAAUAACUGUUGUUGACCAAAAAAAGUUUACUGCCAGUGUCAUAUAAUGGAAUGUUGUUAUGGAUUUGUGUGAAAUCAGAUUUUGCUCCUUGCAUUUCUCAGAUAGACAUUAAACACGGUAAAGAUAAAUUACAUGAUUUAGUGACAUAGCUGUACAUAUUAAUCAUCUUCAAAGUGUUUUGCUUUGGUGUAGAUGCUUUGGAUUAAAGAUCUUGGUUCUUGCUGCUAACAUCUAAAUAUAUCAUAUUUUUAGAUAUAUAAUAAACAUGUGCUAUACCCAGGAAAAUCGUACAGCUUUCUGUAAAGCGUUCAAACUUUUCUUUAAAACAGGUAUGUGAUCUUAGGGUAGUUUAUUACCCAGUAGAAUCAAAUUUGCCAAUUUGUGUUCUUAUGGCAGUGCUAGUGAAGACAGUAUAAAUUUAUAUCACCUAAGUAAAAAACAGCACAACAGUUAGGCAUGUCAUGAAAAAGCUUUACAUUUGUUGAUGUACAGUUAGUACUAGAAUAUACUUGAAUUGUCAUUAACAGCUGAUGUGAAUCUAGAACAGUCAGUGAUGCAACAUUUAUUGGCUGCUGUUUUAGCAGUUAUGGUAUUAGAAAAUUAAAUAUACAUGAUAUGUCUAAGUUUCGAGACCACCAAUCCAGGUCACUAAAUACAUUGAACACUUAGAACAAUAAGAGAGACCUGCUCUCUUAAGAGAUUUUGACAGUAUUAUUCAAGUAACUGGCUUUCACCUUUUCAUUUUAGUGUGAUUAGAUUGAAAACAAGUAAUUAUUUUAGGUUACUCUUGUAAUUAAUGUAAAUCAAAACAUGCACAAUAGUUUUUGAGACAGUAAAAUAGUUAUGAAUUCUUCUUGUGAAACAUUAUUAUUUGCCAUUGUUUGUGUACGACAGCAUUAUUUCAUUAAAAUCUGUUGGUUCAGAUUAUUUGGCAUUUCUCUCAUGAAUGCCACACAACUGAUUGUUCUGAAAUGUACAGAUGAAUGUUAUUUGACACAGUGUGUGAGGCAAACUGGUAAGUUUGUACUUGUCUAUGGUAUGUUCAUUUUAUAAGGAUACAUUUUUUAUAUUCAUAAUUAUAUAUCAAUCCUUCUCUCUUGCACAUGUUUUUGUAACUAGAUUACAUUAUGUCUUUUAUUUACGCAUUGAGUGUGCAGUACAACAUUGAAAUACACACAUUUCAGUUGCAUUCUGUUUGUUUGCUGCUUCUUGCAGACUUCUUCCACAUGUCGUCACUACCAGUCUUUCACAAAUUUACAAAUAUAUAAGUUUCAUUAUGAAUGCUAGCAGCUAUACAGCAUUAAGACUGGUACAGAAUAAUACAAAUUUCAGCUGUAGGAAACAAUUUUUAGUACAAGAAGGAAAAUAAUGUUGUUACAGCCACAAACAGGGUAUUUAAAUGUUUGCUGACAGGUGUUUGAAUAAUUAAAAUUCUAUGCUAAAAUCCCCCCCCCCCCCUCCCCUCUUUACCAGAUUCACAGGACGUAUCAUUCCCGAGACGUUAAAAGCAUUUUUAAACAUUUCAUGUAACUUGACUCCUUUCAUGAACAUGUAAAUUUCUAUGAAACAUCAGCAGACACAUUAUGCAAGUAUUGUUGUAAAAUUGUGUGAAAUGUCAGCAAAGAUAAAUCUCGAAAAAUAAUAUGCAAAUGUGUAUUAUGUUUAGAGUUCCUUUGCUCGUGAUAUGAUGAAUUAAUUACAUAAUUCUUCGUUUGGCAUUGUCCACAUGAUUGAACUAAAAAAUGUAUUUGGAGUAGUUUGUAUGGCAAAGUUACUGAAGGUUUGUGGUGUACAAACUUUACAGACAUCACACUUAUUUGAAUCUCAUUUACAGUGUUAAGAAAGUACACCGCAGAAGGUUUCUAUUAUGUCCAGCAUCAUUCAUCUUAGAAGUUCAGAUUUGUGCAACAGUAGUGUUCUUAAAAAUAAAAUCAUGUAUGUAAUUU